AUGGCCGAAGAAAAGGUCGCAAGAGACCCGGUGGUCGAGAAGCCAGAGGACACUCAGAAUGAGUUCGAGACGUCCAGCCAAGUGGUUCCGGUAGAGAAGGCGGGCUCACUGUCCGGUUUUGGCGACGACGCUCAUACCAAAGCCUUGACGCGGAAGCUUCUCUGGAAGCUUGACACAAGAAUUCUCCCCGUGCUCGCCUUGCUCUUCCUCUGCUCCUUUCUCGACCGUACAAAUGUGGGGAAUGCAAAGAUCCUUGGUCUCGAAAAGGAUGCAGGUCUCACCAAUGGUCAAUAUGCAAACGGCCUUGCCAUCUUUUUCGCUUUUUAUAUUGCUGCCGAACUGCCCAGCAAUCUGGUUCUCAAGAAGUUCAGCCCGAGACUAUGGCUGGCCUUUCUCACCGCUGCGUGGGGUAUCAUUGGCAUGUGUCUAGGUUUCAUUCGAAACUAUGGUGGAUUCUUGGCUGUGCGAGCAUUCCUGGGUCUUGCAGAGGGAGGAUUACUGCCAGGCAUGGUGCUCUAUCUAUCAGGAAUGUACACCAGAGGCGAGUUGGCCCUUCGCAUUGGACUGUUCUAUACCAGCGCAUCUCUUGCUGGAGCCUUUGGAGGUCUUUUGGCACGUGGUCUUUCUGCUAUCGGCCCUACUGAAAUGUUUGACAGAUGGCGCUGGAUCAUGAUUAUCGAGGGUCUUUUGACCUUUGCAGCUGGAGUGAUUGCAUAUUUCCUUCUCCCAAACAGCGUAUCAACAGCCUGGUUCCUCAAGCCUGAGGAGCGCGAACUCGGCAAGAGGAGGUUACGAAACGAUACCUCCGCACACUUACCCGACGGCCACAAUGCAGAAGGAGUAGAGAGGUUCCGAUGGUCAGAAGUUCGACGGGGAGUUUUUAAUAUCCAACUGUGGCUGACCGCAACGGCCUACUUCUCGAUUCUUUCCGGCCUGUACUCAUUUGGGCUGUUCCUGCCAACCAUUAUCAAAGGUCUGGGCUACACGGCGAACGAGGCCCAGUUGUGGUCCGUUAUUCCUUAUGCUGUUGCAGCUGUUAUCACCGUGGUUGUCGCCCUUGCCUCGGAUCGCUUCAAAUUGCGAGGUGUUGCGAUGCUCUUCAGCUUGCCGCUGGCCAUCAUUGGAUAUGCGGUUAUCGCCAAUGUGGACGAGCACGACAACCACACGAAGUAUGGCAUGACAUUCUUGAUGGCCACAGGAUUGUAUGCCAGCGUCCCCCCUGUUCUGGUCUGGAACUCCAACAAUUCAGCCGGACACUACAAGCGUGCCACGACAAGCGGCAUGCAGCUCGCUAUCGCAAACGCCGGUGGCUUUGUCAGCGCCUUCAUCUAUCCUUCCACGCAAGCUCCUCAAUACCACAAAUCGCACACCAUCAUCCUGGGAUUGCUGGUCUAUGCAUGGUUUGCGAUAUUGUGCAAUGUCCUAUACUGCGCAAAGAUCAAUCGCGACAAGGCGAACGGCAAAUACGACAAAUACAUCGGGUACGGUGAUGACCGAGAUCCGUCAUUCAAGAUGGUUCUGUGA